AUGAAGUUCAAUCCUAUUUCGUCCCGUGCUGUGGCUCUCCUCUCCCUCAUCGCAGCUGUCGAGGCUGCCCAGUUUGACCAUGGUCAUGGUCAUGCUCGCCUUCAUGAGCGGCUGCACCAGGAGAGAGACGAAUCCGCAACAAUAGAGAAGCGCGGAGGACAGUGUCAGUUCCCCUCCGAUGCAGGCCUGGUCGCCGUCACUCCGAAUGCCAAGAAUGCUGGUUGGGCGAUGAGUCCAGAUCAGCCGUGCAAACCUGGCAAUUACUGCCCGUAUGCCUGUCCUGAGGGCCAGGUGUCGAUGCAGUGGGAUCCGCAUGCCACUUCUUACAGCUACCCCGUGUCAAUGAACGGCGGCCUUUAUUGUGACCAUGACGGCAACAUUCAGAAGCCAUUCCCCGACAAGCCGUAUUGUGAGGAUGGUACGGGUGCCGUGUCAGCUGUGAAUAAGUGCAGUGGCCAUGUUGCUUUCUGCCAGACUGUACUACCGGGUAAUGAGGCCAUGUUAAUUCCAACUCUGGUGAACGAUGUGGCUACUCUCGCGGUACCAGGUACUAGCUACUGGUUGUCGACAGCUGCCCACUAUUACAUCAAUCCCCCAGGAAUCGAUACCGAAACCGCUUGCGUCUGGGGAACCUCAUCGAACCCCUAUGGUAACUGGUCCCCUUACGUGGCAGGUGCCAACACCGAUCAUACUGGUCAGACCUUCGUGAAGAUCGGAUGGAACCCUGUCUAUCUGGAGCCAGCGACCCCCUUCCGCGAUAUGGUGCCGGAUUUUGGUGUCGAGAUUGUCUGCGAAGGGGACGGGUGCAAUGGCCUGCCCUGCAAGAUUGAUCCGUCUGUUAACGGCGUCAACGAGAUCACCGGUAGCGGCGCUGAUGGUGCCGGCGAUGGUGCUUUCUGCGUUGUCACCGUCCCGAAAGGCCAAAAAGCCAAUGUUGUUGUCUUCGAUAAGUCUGGAGGCGGCUCGUCAGGCUCCAGUUCUAGCUCGGCCCCCAGUAGCUCGGCUCCCAGUUCGACUCACACCUCGACUCACACCUCAGUCCGUCCGACUACGAGCAGUUCGACUCACACCUCAGUCCCUUCUACUACGAGCAGCUCGAGUUCCAGCACCCACUCUAGCUCCAGCAUCGUUACCACAUCUUCUAUUCCGGUCACUACUUCCUCUUCUGUACCAUCUACAUCGAGUGCACUGCCAACGUCCACGUCCGCACUGUCAAGCUCUUCUAUCCUUUUGACUUCCUUCGUCUCCACUCCGAUACCUUCCUCAAGUGCCAAAGCAAGCCGCACCUACUCCCCACACGUUUUCGUUGAACCCAGCAACACUGGGUCCGUACCCACUGCUCUGGCUGCAAAUUCUGACUCACUCUCUGCCUCUGUGUCCGACGACAAGAAGAGUGCUGCUAGCGCCGUUACAGCCUCGAUUCUCAGUCUGAUUCUAAGCGCCUUUGCGGCGAGCGUGGCGAUGAGCUUGUAG